AUGAGUGAUACUGUCUACAUUGUUUCUGCUGCCAGAACCCCAAUUGGUUCUUUCCAAGGUGCGUUGGCCUCCAAGACUGCUGUUGACCUAGGUGUCAUUGCAGUUAAGGGUGCUAUGCAGAAAGUGCCACAAUUGAACCCUGAAUCCGACUACGACGAAGUGUUCUUUGGUAAUGUUAUAUCUGCUAACUUGGGUCAAAAUGCCGCCAGACAAGUUGCCCUAGGUGCUGGUUUGAAGAACGGCAUUGUUGCCACCUCAGUUAACAAAGUGUGUGCUUCCGCUAUGAAGAGUAUAAUCCUUGGUGCCCAAGCCAUCAAGUGUGGUACUGCAGAUGUUGUUAUCGCUGGUGGUUGUGAAUCUAUGACCAACGCCCCAUACUACAUGCCUGCCGCUCGUGCUGGUGCCAGAUUCGGUGAAACCAAGAUGGUGGAUGGUAUUCAAAGAGACGGUCUGAACGAUGCUUACGACCACCAACCAAUGGGUGUCCACGCUGAGAAGUGUGCCCGCAACUGGGAAAUCACCCGUGAACAACAAGAUGACUUUGCCAUUGCCUCUUACCAAAAGGCUCAAAAGGCCCAACAAGAAGGUAAGUUCGACAACGAAAUCGUUCCAGUUACCAUCAAGGGUUUCAGAGGUAAGCCAGACACCCAAGUCACAAAGGAUGAAGAACCAACUAAGCUAAAUGUUGACAAGUUGAGAUCCGCUAGAACUGUAUUCCAAAAGGAAAAUGGUACUGUCACUGCACCAAAUGCUUCUCCAAUCAACGAUGGUGCUGCUGCUGUCAUCUUAGUCUCUGAAAAGAAGUUGAAGGAACUAAACCUAACACCAUUGGCCACUUUGAAGGGUUGGGGUGAAGCUGCCCACGAUCCAGCUGACUUCACAUGGGCUCCAUCCUUGGCCAUUCCAAAGGCCCUAAAGCAUGCUGGUGUUGCUGAUAUCAGCCAAGUCGAUUACAUUGAACUAAACGAAGCUUUCUCCGUUGUUGGCUGUGCCAACACUAAGAUCUUGAAGGUUGAUCCAGCCAAGGUCAAUGUCUAUGGUGGUGCUGUUGCCAUUGGCCAUCCUCUAGGUUGUUCUGGUGCUAGAGUCGUUGUCACAUUGCUAUCUGUGUUACAACAGGAAGGUGGUAAGAUUGGUGUUGCUGGUAUCUGUAACGGUGGUGGUGGUGCUUCCUCUGUUGUUAUCGAAAGGGUCUAG